AUGAGUGAUGAUCAAGCCUCUGUCCAGAGCAUAUGGGAACGUUUAACGUUUAGUGCUGGAAAGAAAAAAGAUAAAAAUAAUGACACAUUAACAGCUUCGGCUGUUGAACGACAAACAGAAAACUCACGUAAAGGUGGAACUAUUUGGGAAGCUGUACGAAAAGCUGAUCAAGCAAGUAUGGAACGUCUUGUUACACAAGAUCCUGAAAAUGUAGAUCAAAGAGGUCCAGUUGGUGAAUGCCCUGUUCAUAUGUUAUUUUUAUACGGAACCGAGAUACAUCUUAAUAUGGCUCGAUAUUUAGUUACAAAUUUUCCACAUACAAUAACACAAAUCUAUAAUCAAAGUGAAUAUUAUGGCGAAAUGGUUUUGCAUAUUGCCAUUAUUAAACGAAAUGCAACUAUGGUUGAAUGGCUUUUAGGUGAUAAACACAAUCGAGAGUAUCGAGAACAACAACUAACAGCGGCUGCUUGCGGCAGUUUUUUUCAAGUUGGAAGACCUUGUUAUUAUGGUGAAACGCCAUUAGCAUUUGCUUGCUGUACAAAUCAAUGGAAUAUAGUAGAAAUUUUACUUAAAUAUGGUGCUUCUAUGGAUGCGAUGGAUUCAAAUGGAAAUAAUGUCUUGCAUUUACUUGUAAUUCAUAAGUUACCCAAAAUGUAUACAAAAGUAAAACAACGUUGGUUAGAAAUACAAGCAGAUGAAAAUUUUUCUAGUGAUGAAGAAAAUGCAGAAAAAGCUGUAGCAAAGAAAAACAAAGUUAUACCAUUGUGGAAACGUUUAAACAAAAAUGGUUUUACACCGUUAACAUUAGCAGCUAAAUUAGGUCAAAUAGAAAUGUUUUCAUUUUUACUUGAAGAACGUAAAAUAACUCAAUGGAGUUUUGGUCCUGUUGCUUGCGUUCUCUAUCCACUUGAUCAAGUGGAUUUGGAAAUAAAUCAAGAAGAAGAUGAUGAUAAACCGGAUAGUGCAUUGGAAAUAAUUGUUCAAAGCGCACAUGUUGAACUUAUUAUGCAUCCACGUAUUAUAGAUUUAGUCAGUAAAAAAUGGGAACGUUUUGCAAGACGCAUCUUUUUUCGUCGUUUCCUUGUUACAUUUUUGUAUUUGCUUAUUUUUCUUCUUACGACUAUAUUGGAUCAAUCACGAAUAGAAACGACUGAGGGCACUGGUGAUGACACUGUGGUUGUCAAAGUUGAACCCGCAGAAAUGGUAACUCAAGUUGUAUGUACAAUUGGCCGUCUUUUUGUAUUAGCAGGAGCUAUUUGGAAAGGAAAAUCUGAAUAUAACGAAAUGAAUAGUUUAGGCAUUAAAAAAUAUUUUCAAACAACGGGUUCUGGUCUUCUUGAAAAUUGCUUAGCGUGUUUAUUUUGUGUAAGCAUAUAUAUCAUUAAUAUUCUUCGCGCAUUUGACAUGGAAGCCCAAUCAGCCGUAUUAGCCAUAGCAGCAAUUGUUGGUUGGGGCUAUAUGUUGUUUUUCGUAAUGGCUUUUCGAUUAACCGGUCCAUUCGUUGUAAUGAUUUAUGAAAUGUUAUUCAAUGAUGUUCUUCGCUUUUUUAUUAUUUACGCCGUGUUUCUUGCUGGCUUUUCACAAGCAUUUUUUGUUUUAUUUAAUAAUAAUGGUUUUGGUGGUUUUCUGCUUAGUGUUAAGCAAAGUUUUCUAGGCAUGUUAGGCGAUUUUGAUUUGGAUGCCUAUACGCAAACAAACUACAGCUAUGUGAGUGUAGUAUUACUUAUCAUUUAUAUUAUUGUCGUAACAAUAUUAUUACUCAACUUACUUAUCGCUAUGAUGGGUGAUACAUAUGGAAAUGUUAUUGAAGGUGCAACACAAAUCUGGCAUUUGGAACGAGCACGCAUUGUAUUUGCAAUUGAAAAUGAAAUGUCUACCGAAGAACGUAACUUAGACACAAAUAAAUAUUGGACGAACAUUGACGGUGAAAGAUAUUUACAAGUUGAAGAAGUUGACGAUGCAAGCUUUCUUCAUGAUGAUACUGAAGAAGAAGAUGCAAAUGAUGAUGAUUCAAAAAAAGACGACUGCAAGAAAAGACUUGACUCUCAGACCGCAGAAAUUUAA